AUGCUUUCAUGUGGCUUCGCCAUGUAUGAGGUGGUGUGUAUUAGCUUCCGUGACAAUCUUGACAUAAAGGGGAGGGAUAUUCAGGUAAUUCCCUCAAUGGACUGGGUUUCUUUCUUACAUCAUAAAAACCAAAUCCACUUUGGAAAACCCUCUAUUGAUAAUCAUUCCAAACACACUCUUCGCAAAUAA